AUGAGCUUAAAGAUAUCGAGACGCGCUCCCCCAGAGACAAAGACAGCCCCUGCUCCGGGGACGAUGUUCACGACUACGACCGAUGGGCGUAUUGUUACUGCUAACAAUAACAUGAAUGCGAAGCUCAACAAACGCUUCAGUCAGUUGCCAGAGAACUUGCGGCUGAAUGGGCGCACACCCAGCGGUAAACCACGUCUGUUUGUUUGUGACGUGUGCACGCGUGCGUUUGCGCGGCAAGAGCAUCUCACAAGACACGAGAGGUCACAUACCAAGGAGAAACCUUACCAUUGUGGCGUUUGCGAGCGAAAGUUCAGUCGCCGAGAUUUACUGCUUCGACAUGCACACAAAGUUCACGGAGGCAACUGCGGCGAAGCAGUCAUAGCACCCGGCAGCCGAAAGCGUCGUGCUCGCGAAGCACUGGGCGCUGGGCGCUCGGGUAGUAGCGGUUCAGGCUCAGGUUCGGGUUCUGGCAUUGGCAUUGGCACCAGCUCUGGCUCUGGAACAGCCGUUGGUUUGCCUAACAAGAAACCUCGCGCUUUCCAUAGAAGGGCCUCGUUCUCGGCACAAUCUGCCGAAAACUAUGCCGGUGCUCAGCAGCCACAACGCGAUACGCAACUUUCUGUCGGGCGUGUGGAGUUCUCAACUCCGCACUUACUUCCCAUCGACUUGACUCAGAACAGCGCACCUGGUCCGGAAAAUUCAGGCUUCAAUUUACUUGAUCGUGACAAUUGGAUCAAUGAGAUGAACUCUCUGCCAAUGCUCGAAGAGUCGAGUGAUUCGGCCGAUUCUAGCGGUGGCAGUCGGCAUAAUAGUACUGGCGAUGUUACUACCGCUACUCCGCCCAAAAGUUCGAAUCACACUCAUUUUGUUGGCUCCAAUUUGUCAGCCCAACAACGUAUGCGCCCUAGAAACUCUUCGUGGAAGCUCAGUGACAAUGGCCUAGAAGUUAAGUCCUUGUUCACCUCUGAUUACUCUCCCAAAGAUUGGAGCUCAACUGAAGAUGUAGAGUUAAAGUCCAGCAUCCACGUACCGUCACUAUUCGGAAAAGAUACUCAUGUGGCUCCCCCUUCCAGAAGAUCCAGCGGGUCUCAGGAAAUAGUUUCAAGAUUCAGUCAAUUUCGCUUCUCUAACAAAACCCCAGUCGAACCGACGCCGGAAGAAUCCUCUCGAAGUCCCUCUAGGGAUCACAUUUCUCAGGACUGGGCUUCUUUAGUUUCUAGUGCUGUACCUAGUGCAGCACCUAGCGCAGAUCCAAGUACAGAGCCGGCCUCUGCUGCCCCGAUGUCUCGCAUGUUCACUAGUGAGGAUGCCUUGUGCAACUUUGAUCUUACUAACGAUGCUACGCAUCCGCCAUAUGAAUGUAAUGUCAAUGCAGAUUAUUCCUUCUACGAUGUGAAUUACCCAAAUAUUUCUAAUAUUACCAGAGCCCCACCAGUUCGUGCCGUCCAAGAAGAAAUCACCUGUCAGUUCUUCACGGAAGAAGUUCGCAGCAUGUGUUUGCAAGCCCUUAAAUACUACUCUAUCCACUGUGUUGAAGAUCGCUCGGCAAGAAACAUCGGCUAUGACUCAACUGUGACCCUUCCCAGUUGUGAAGAUUUGAACACGUAUACUUUCUAUUUUCAGAAGUACUUCUUGGUGCAUUACCCUUUCAUACACCCACAUUUACUCUCGUUGAAUAUCAACGCAUUCAAGUCCUAUGUUCACGAUGGCUCUGAUAUUACUACACGAGAUGAAGUUCUUUGCAAUUCCAAUAUUGUAUGCCUCCCAUUAUUCAUGGCAACGGUGGGUUCUUUGUACAAGGUAGGGGCGCGUUCGCAGACUAUGGAUCUUUAUGAGAUGAGCCGUCGCGUUUUACAUGUUUAUUUGGAUACAAGAAAGAAGUUGAAAAGCCGCAAUACCAUUUCCUAUCAGGGUGCAAACUUGUGGCUAGUACAAUCCUUGUGUCUCAGUGUGGUGUUUGCACUAUUUGCGGAUUCCCUCGAACGCGUUGACUCUGCCAUGGUUAUCAAGCAGGUUUCUGCCGUUUGUUCUCUCAUUAAAAACAAUCUUCUUAUUCCUGCCUCCACAAUAAUAAGCACGUUCGCGUCUCAAGACAAAUACAUAUUGUAUGAAUCGAAAAUUCGAACUGUUGUUAUGGGUUACAAGAUUUGCCAGUUUUUGAAGGUCUUUUGCCGAUUUGAGGCAGAUCUUUUCCUAUCAGAUGCACAGCUUGAUGGCAUAGUUGUUCCAGAUGGCGAGCAAGCUUGGCACUCAGCACUUUUCCAAGCUGGGAAUUGUCCCUAUCAGAAACAAUACAUCACUUUAUUUCAGAAAUUCUAUCAAUCAUUUGCUUUUACAAAUUUGGGAAUGCAUCUAAUACCGGAAUUUCUUUGCAGCGCAAUGCUUUUCUAUGAAUUCAAUACUGUAAAACAUUCAUCGUCUUCCACCUCUUUCCAUGUGUUCCUUACAAAGAUUGAUACGAAGAAGCUUGAGAUGAAUUUACCUCAAGCAGUUCCUGAAAAGAUUGUCAGCUCUUCAGUGUUGAUCAAUAGUGCAAUUGAUAUGAGGAAUUCGUUGAUUUGCAUGAUUUUCUUCAACAAAGUUGACCCCCAAUUUGCCCAAAAAGCCUGGAAUAAUGCGAUGCUUGAGAUCCAUGAGUCUCACUUAUCUCCAGAGAACUUUAAUAUACUAGCAAACGGCUCCUACAGUUUGAUAACAGAUUUUUUGGUAGCUUUAAACUUCUCCAUCAAAAAUAUCGCCAACUUAUUCUACAGUAAGGACAAUUCAAUCGAGUUCAACAAGAAGAAGUUAUCGAUGUUAAACUUACAAGGCUACUACUACAAUUUCAUUCUGUUGAUCAAGUUCAUUCUUGAUUUCGAAGCAACACCGAACUUUAAAUUGCUUUGCAUUUUUAAUGAAUUAAAGAAACUGGCCAUUCAAGUUCUUAUUCCCAAGCUUACCACAGCUUAUCCUAUGGCGUUUUCAAAGUAUGAUGUGUUUCUAGAGCCAAACCUAGCUGGAGGUAAAAAUCAUCCUAUCAAUGUGGACCAACUGGAAAAGUUAAUUAAUAACGUUUUGGUUUAUUCAUUUAACGAUGCAAACUUUUUGAAAAUGCCCGAGCAGUCACCUACUGAGUUUAUUUUCGAUUCUACUGCCUCAACUUCUUUUCUAUCUGGCAACGGUCACGGCCCCAAGCCCUCUCAAUCUUCAGAGGAUUUGCUGAAGCAGCACGAGCAAGCAGCAAAUGGGGCUCCUCUUAAACAAGGGUUUGCAGAUCGUUACCACUUAUCUGAAAAAUACGUCACGGUUGCUAAGUGCUUUUUUCUCUACGUUUUUGAGAAAUAUGCACAUGCUCACUUUCUAGAAAAGCUUUCAUUGGAUUUCCAAACUUUGGAACAACAGUUAGAGCAAAACCGGAAGAUUUAUCGUCAUGAUCAUGGAUCACUUGAUUAUAGGCGUUACCUUAACAAAAAUUUCAAGGAAACUCCACCUGGCGAUUACUAUUUCAAUCCUAACUCACUGGAUUCAUAA